UUCAAUUGUCACACUGAUACUUUGGUCGGGGCUGUGUUGCCUUUCAUUUCUGUAGUACGGCUGGAAGGGCUUUGGAAUAGAACAAACGAGUGUCGAAGUACUGUACUUCUGCUCCGUAGCUUUGAGGUACAAAUUAGUACGUCUUCGACAGGAAAUGUGAUGGGUCACACCGGGCGUUGAUCAGCUGAUCGUGAACACAAAAACAAACUUGGCGUCUAGUAGUAAACACGUAUGUUCUACGGUGUGACGCUUUCUGAAUAACUCAGCUGAAUACAUGAUCGCCGCAGAAUGGUGCCUCCCCCCGUCCCCCCGAAAACGUCGUAUGCAGAUACCUUUUGGUGCACAUACAUCGUGUCAGUUGUUGCUGCCAGUAUAGCAGAAGUUGUCACAUACCCCUUGGACUUAACUAAAACCAGGCUGCAAAUACAAGGGGAAAAGGCGGCAGCGGCAGCAGCAGCAGGAAACGGAAACUUAAAUGGCCCUUACAGGGGAAUGCUGCAAACUGGUGUUGGAAUUGUUCGAGAAGAGGGCUUUUUGAAACUGUGGCAAGGAGUAACACCAGCUAUCUACAGACAUGUAGUGUACUCUGGCAUCCGUAUUGUCACAUAUGAGAAAAUGCGUGAUCAACUUUUUCACAAAGAUCUGGACGGAUCUUUUCCUGUUUGGAAAUCAGCCAUUAGUGGUGUUACAUCUGGAGCAUUGGCACAAUUUGUCGCUAGCCCUACAGACCUUGUAAAGGUACAGAUCCAAAUGGAAGGGAAGAGAAGACUACUCGGUAAACCACCAAGAGUUCAUGGCACACUGCACGCAUUUCAGAAGAUACUGGCAAAAGGUGGCAUCAGAGGUCUAUGGAAAGGCUCAAUACCAAAUGUUCAGAGAGCAGCUCUUGUAAAUCUUGGUGAUCUCACAACAUAUGAUUCUGCAAAGCAGUUUAUACUUACUCACACAUCACUACCAGAUAGCCAUCUAACUCACAUGCUUUCCAGUGGAUGUGCUGGACUUGUGGCUGCUACUAUGGGCACACCAGCUGAUGUUGUAAAGACACGUAUCAUGAAUCAACCUACAGAUGCAAGUGGAAAAGGGAUAGUCUACAAGUCUUCACUUGAUUGCUUGGUGAAAACAGUUCAAAAUGAAGGAUUUUUGGCACUCUACAAAGGUUUUCUUCCAGUGUGGAUUCGCAUGGCUCCAUGGUCCUUAACUUUCUGGUUGUCUUUUGAGCAAAUACGACAUACCAUAGGUGGUUCAGCUUUCUGAAUAAGAAAGCAGUGUAUUAUUACCACUCUCUACAACUUUCAUUAUUUUGUGUGUACUGUACAAUAGUAAUUUUGUUCAUAACUUUGUUCAUAGUUACAUUAUGUUUUAGUAUGUUCUGCACAAAAGUUCAUACAGGCUGUGAAGGCCACAAAAUAUUUCUGUAAAGUAGUAUCAGCUACCCCAGCUGCAGACACUACUCUUCAUAGAGUUUCAUCAGUUGUAUCAGAAAAUUACAAAAGUUAUAGGUAUCAUUUAUCAAAUACAAAUUUUCAUAAUUAUUCAUUAGCAGCAAAA